GCAGACAGGGGGCGUCAACAUGGCGUUCUCUCCUCGACGACCGCACUGACUGCAACCUGCCAGCAAGGGACGGGAGAGGAGACACAGACCGCUUCUUCUCAGCUAAACCCCCGUCUUUUUCUCCAGCCAUAUGAAUCGCUUCACAUUUCCAGGAGGAUAGGGCCAUUCCAGCAGAUUCGUGUUCCUCUCACCGCUCGCUUAGUGGAUGUUUUUUUGUCCGGCGUGAGCUUGAGAAGCAGGUGUGAGAGACAGCGGCGACCGCUCCUCUCCUCCCUGUUUUCCGAGGGGAAAUGUCGAGCGAGAAGCCGGUUUCAGCACCGCCGGGCUCUGCUUCUUUGCUCACGGACCCUGACCGAGACUCCCAUCCUCCGCCGCUGGGCUCCGGUGCCGCCGGGGAGAGAAUGGUGUCCGCAGCCGGCUCCAUGGUCCUCCCGGCCGGGGUAAUCAACCCCGCCGUACCGAUCCGGAAUAUCCAGAUGAAGUUCGCCGUGCUGGUGGGUCUGAUCCAGGUCGGAGAGGUUAGCAACAGGGACAUCGUGGAGACGGUGCUGAACCUGUUGGUGGGCGGCGAGUUUGACCUGGAGAUGAACUUCAUCAUCCAGGAGGCUGAGAGCAUCGGUUGCAUGGUGGAUCUGCUCUCUCACUGUGAGGUGACCUGCCAGGCUGAGAUCUGGAGCAUGUUCACCGCCAUCCUGCGCAAGAGCGUGCGCAACCUGCAGACCAGCACCGAGGUGGGCCUCAUUCAGCAGGUGCUGCUCAAAAUGAGCACUGUGGACGACAUGAUUGCAGACCUCCUGGUGGACAUGCUGGGGGUCAUGGCCAGUUACAGCAUCACGGUAAAAGAAUUGAAGCUGCUCUUCAGCAUGCUGAGAGGAGACAACAGCAUCUGGCCAAGGCAUGCAAUCAAGCUGUUGUCGGUGUUAAACCAGAUGCCUCAGAGACAUGGUCCAGAUACCUUCUUCAAUUUUCCAGGACGCAGUGCAGCGGCUAUUGCUCUGCCGCCAAUAGCCAAAUGGCCUUACCAAAAUGGAUUCACUAUCAACACUUGGUUUCGACAAGACCCGCUCAACAACAUCAACGUUGACAAAGACAAACCUUACCUCUAUUGUUUCCGCACCAGUAAAGGAAUUGGCUACUCGGCGCACUUCGUGGGAAACUGUCUGAUCGUGACGUCGUUGAAGUCGAAAGGAAAAGGUUUCCAGCACUGUGUCAAAUACGACUUCCAGCCUCGAAAGUGGUACAUGAUCAGUAUCGUCCACAUCUACAACCGCUGGAGGAAUUCUGAGAUCCGGUGCUAUGUUAAUGGCCAGUUGGUCUCCUACGGCGACAUGGCCUGGCACGUCAACACCAACGAUAGCUACGACAAGUGUUUCCUGGGCUCGUCGGAGACAGCAGAUGCCAACAGGGUUUUUUGCGGUCAACUGGGGGCCAUUUACGUGUUCAGUGAAGCUCUCAACCCCGCGCAAAUCUUCGCCAUUCACCAGCUCGGCCCAGGGUACAAGAGCACCUUCAAGUUCAAGUCUGAGAGUGACAUCCACCUGGCCGAGCACCACAAGCAGGUGCUGUAUGAUGGAAAGCUGGCCAGCUCCAUCUCCUUCACCUACAACGCCAAGGCCACAGAUGCUCAGCUCUGCCUGGAAUCGUCACCCAGGGAAAACCCCUCCAUCUUCGUCCACUCCCCACAUGCUCUCAUGCUGCAGGAUGUGAAAGCCAUCGUCACUCACUCCAUCCACAGUGCCAUUCACUCAAUUGGAGGCAUCCAGGUUCUGUUCCCUCUUUUCGCCCAGCUGGACUACAAGCAGCUCAACGACAGCUCAGUGGACACCUCAGUGUGUGCUACUCUAUUAGCCUUCCUGGUGGAGUUGCUGAAGAGCUCUGUGGCCAUGCAAGAGCAAAUGUUGGGAGGGAAAGGCUUUCUGGUGAUUGGGUACCUCCUAGAAAAGUCGUCGAGGGUCCACAUCACCAGGGCCGUCCUGGAACAGUUCCUGUCCUUCGCCAAAUACCUGGAUGGUUUACCUCAUGGUGCGCCGCUCCUCAAACAACUCUGUGACCAUGUCCUCUUCAACGCUGCCAUCUGGAUACACACCCCUGCCAAGGUCCAAUUAUCCCUCUACACCUACUUGUCCUCGGAGUUCAUCGGCACCGCCACCAUCUACACCACAAUCCGCCGCGUCGGCACCGUCCUACAGCUAAUGCACACUCUCAAGUACUACUACUGGGCUAUCAACCCGCUGGAGUGCAGCGGCAUCUCCCCCAAAGGUCUUGACGGCCCACGGCCUUCCCAGAAGGAGAUCAUCUCACUCAGAGCCUUCAUGCUGCUCUUCCUCAAGCAGCUCAUUUUAAAGGAUCGGGGUGUGAAGGAGGAUGAGCUGCAGAGCAUCCUGAACUAUCUGCUAACCAUGCAUGAGGAUGAAAACAUCCAUGACGUGCUUCAGCUGUUGGUGGCGCUGAUGUCGGAGCAUCCUGCGUCCAUGAUCCCUGCGUUUGACCAGAGAAAUGGAAUCAGGGUGAUUUGCAAGCUCCUGGCGUCCAAGAGUGAGAGCAUCCGUGUUCAAGCCCUCAAGGUCCUUGGCUACUUCCUCAAACAUCUCGGGCACAAGAGGAAGGUGGAGAUCAUGCACACGCAUAGCCUGUUCACGCUGCUGGGGGAAAGACUGAUGAUGCACACCAACACAGUGUCCAUCACCACCUACAACACUCUCUAUGAGAUUCUGACAGAGCAGGUCUGCACUCAGGUAGUUCAUAAGCCGCAUCCUGAGCCAGACUCCACCAUCAAGAUCCAGAAUCCUAUGAUUCUCAAAGUGGUGGCGACUCUCCUGAAGAACUCCAGUCCGAGCACGGAGCUGAUGGAAGUCAGAAGACUCUUUCUGUCUGACAUGAUUAAACUUUUCAGCAACAGCCGGGAAAAUCGCCGCUGCCUGCUGCAGUGCUCGGUGUGGCAGGACUGGAUGUUCUCUCUCGGUUACAUCAACCCAAAGAACCCGGAUGAGCAGAAGAUAACAGAGAUGGUGUAUAACAUCUUCCGCAUCCUGCUUUACCACGCCAUCAAGUAUGAGUGGGGAGGGUGGAGGGUGUGGGUCGACACACUAUCCAUCGCACACUCCAAGGUGACCUACGAAGCACACAAGGAGUACUUGGCCAAGAUGUAUGAAGAGUAUCAGCGACAGGAGGAGGAAAAUAUGAAGAAGGGAAAGAAGGCCUCGGUGUCUACCAUCUCUGGCCUCUCUGCGACGCCCGCCCCGGUUGUCAACGGCAACCUGGAGAUCGACGACAAUUCUCAGACACAAACGCCAGAGAGCGAGGCCGAAUACAGCGAAGGAGCAGGCGGUGAUUCCCGGAACAUGCUAGCCGACGGCGCUGUGAAGCGACCCAACGGAGAAGUGCUGUCACCCACAGAGCCGACAGCCGGACCUGGGGUGAGAGUGGAGGUCCACGACCUGCUGGUGGACAUCAAGGCAGAGAAGGUCGAGGCCACUGAGGUGAAGCUGGAUGACCUGGACCUGUCUCCAGAAGGACUGGUGGGAGGAGGUGGUGGAGGGAUGGAGAAUGGACCUCUGGUUGAGGUGGAUUCCCUCCUGGACAGUGCUUACUGUGCUGUAGUGCAGAACUUGAAUGGGAACCUGGCUCCUAAGGAUGAGACAUCAGUGUCCGGUGUGGGGAUUGGGUCAAGUCUGGGACUUUCUGGAGUAAGCCUAGAGGACGAUGGGAAUAUGGGUCCGCUCAUUACGUUGGCUGAUGAGAAGGACAGUGUCCCGAGCAACAAUGGAUUUCUGUUCAGCAAGGUUGAUGAGAAGCUCCUUCCUGCUCUGGCGGCCACAGACUCUCUGGUGCUCCCAAGUCCAGACCAGACACCCAUCCCAGCACACUCCACCUCCAGUGCCAGCGACGACCUCAGCCUUCUGGCCCACAUGACGAGCUGCGGCUCAGAUCUGACUCAGACUGAAACCCACCCAACAGGAAACCUUCCAGAAGAUGGGCCGUUUAAGAUCCAGAGCCCCCUGGCUGACAUUAGCUCUAUCGCAGAGGCGGAGUGUCAGAUGCAGAACCAGACGACCGCCAGACCAGAUUUCCCGGAGGGUGAGGGCGUGUCAGGGGCAGAAGGAGAAACUGCAGGGCUUAAGACGACGGGGGACACAGCCAGCAUGACUUCGGACACAGAGAGGUCGGAUGAUGGAAAAGAGAAGGACAUCAAGAAGAUUCAAACCACGGCUACGACUCAGGCCCUCCACGGGCGCAGCGCAGCUCAGCUGGAGCGAGACCUUCGUGUUGAUUUGGGUUUCCGUGGCAUGCCCAUGACUGAGGAGCAGCGGCGGCAGUUCAGCCCCGGCCCACGCACCACCAUGUUCCGUAUCCCAGAAUUCAAGUGGUCGCCCAUGCACCAGCGGUUGCUCACUGACCUGUUGUUCGCCCUGGAGACUGAUGUCCACGUGUGGAGAAGUCAUUCCACCAAAUCUGUGAUGGAUUUCGUGAACAGCAAUGAAAACAUCAUCUUCGUCCACAACACCAUCCACCUCAUCUCCCAGAUGGUGGACAACAUCAUCAUCGCCUGUGGAGGCAUCCUGCCUCUCCUGUCUGCAGCCACCUCCCCUUCAAGUUCUAAGAGUAGUGCCCACAUUAAGACUGGAGGAGCUGGAUCCCAGAGGGGGUCAAAGGGAGAGGAGGUCACCCCUGUACCUGGGGGAGGAGGCGCAGGGGUAGAGUCGGAGCUGGAAAACAUCGAAGCCACGCAGGGCAUGUCCUCGGAGACGGCAGUCACUUUCCUGUCACGCCUGAUGGCCAUGGUAGACGUGCUGGUGUUCGCCAGCUCCCUCAACUUCAGUGAGAUUGAGGCCGAGAAGAACAUGUCAUCGGGAGGACUGAUGAGGCAGUGCCUGAGACUGGUGUGUUGUGUGGCUGUGAGGAAUUGUUUGGAGUGCAGACAGAGACAGAGAGAUCGGACCUGCAAGUCCUCCUUAACCAGCAGCAAGUCGCAGGACAGUCUCCACAGUGCCUCCACCACCAGCAAGCAGGAUCCAGACAGACUCCUGCAGGACGUCGACAUCAACCGCCUUCGAGCUGUAGUUUUCAGAGACGUGGAUGACAGCAAGCAAGCUCAGUUUCUGGCGCUCGCAGUCGUCUACUUCAUUUCAGUUCUCAUGGUCUCAAAGUACCGGGAUAUACUGGAGCCUCAGCGAGAGAUCGGCAGGUCCACAAGCCUCUCAGGGCGGAGCAUUCGUCACGAGAUCAACUCCCCAACCAGCACAGAGCAUCCAUCUUCCUCAUUUUCUGACCGUGACAAGCAAACGCCCACACCUGUCGACGACUCUCCCCGCGCCGGCCUCCCACACACAGACUCAGGUAUCGGAGAGGAGGGGCACGUGGCCGGUUCCCUCAAUGGUUCUGAGAUGAGCAUGGGGCUGGGCCUCGGCCUGGUGGGAAGAGAGACGGACAGAGACAGAGAUGUGGGAGGAGGAGCUGGGACAGAUCUCUUGUGUAGUAUCUCAUCGGACGUCAGGAGGUCGCAGGAGAGUCUUCUCGAUUCCCCCCACAACCCCAGCUCCACCCCCAACUCCAGCCAAGCUCCGCCCUCAUCCAUCUCCAGCAUUAGCCAAACAAACAAAGGCAUCAAUGUCAAGGAGAUCCUGAAAAGUCUAGUUGCUGCUCCAGUUGACGGUGGAGAGCUUGGACAGGAGUCUGGACCGACACCUUACCACCCGGACCCAGCUCUGAAGACACACCCCAUGUUGCCAAUGCAGUUCCAUUCCUUUGACAGGAGUGUUGUGGUUCCGGUAAAGAAGCCGCCACCCGGCAGCCUGUCAGUCAACACCGUGGGCACGCCCACCACGAGCGGCGCCUCGAAUGCUGGCAGCACACCCAACAUCUUUGCCGCCGCCACAGCCACACCUAAAAGCAUGAUCAACACUACAGGUGCCACAGAUUCUGCCUCCUCCUCCACAUCCUCUACUUCUUCCUUUGUCAAUGGAGCCACCAGUAAAAACCUGCCAGCAGUGCAGACGGUUGCGCCGAUGCCUGAGGACACCAUGGAAAACAUGAGUGCCUAUUGUGAGGUGGCGCAGUGUGCGCUGCGCAGCGGUCAGACGCCCCCUGAGCUCAAGUCUUUUAGCUCUCUGGCAGGCUUCCAGGCAGCUCCCCGAGAUGCAGGACAGUGUUUUAGCAUCACCACCAAGCUGGAGCGCGCCCUGGAGAAGGUGGCCCCACUGCUGAGGGAGAUUUUUGUGGACUUUGCUCCCUUCUUGUCCAGGACGCUGCUGGGUAGCCAUGGGCAGGAACUGCUCAUAGAAGGUACAGGUCUCGUGUGUAUGAAGUCCAGCACGUCUGUGGUGGAGCUCGUCAUGCUGCUUUGUUCUCAGGAGUGGCAGAACUCCAUUCAGAAAAACGCUGGACUGGCCUUUAUUGAGCUCAUCAAUGAAGGAAGGCUGCUAUGUCAUGCCAUGAAAGAUCAUAUUGUUCGUGUCGCCAACGAAGCUGAGUUCAUCUUAAACCGACAGCGGGCUGAGGAUGUACACAAACACGCCGAAUUUGAGUCGAACUGCGCUCAGUACGCCGCAGACCGGAGAGAGGAGGAGAAAAUGUGUGACCACCUGAUCAGCGCUGCAAAGCACAGAGAUCAUGUAACUGCCAACCAGCUGAAACAGAAGAUCCUCAAUAUUCUGACCAAUAAGCACGGAGCCUGGGGGACAAUGUCGCAGAGUCAGUUGCAUGACUUCUGGCGCCUGGAUUACUGGGAGGAUGACCUGAGGAGGAGGCGGAGAUUUGUACGCAACGCCUUCGGAUCAACUCACGCUGACAUAUCGCUGAAAGCUUUAGAGGACUACGGCACUGAGGAGGAGGACGAAGGACCAAAGUCGAAGAAGAAUUUCCGCAGCCAAUCUGUCGUUGCCCAGAACCCGGAGGCGGAGCUGAUGCUGGAGGGUGACGAUGACGCGGUCAGCCUGCUGCAGGAAAAGGAGAUUGAUAAUCUCGCUGGUCCAGUGGUUCUGAGCACUCCGGCGCAGCUGGUGGCUCCAGUGGUGGUGGCUCGGGGGACUUUGUCCAUCACCACGACUGAGAUCUACUUUGAAGUGGAAGAAGACGACCCUGCGUUCAAGAAGACUGACGCCAAAGUUCUGGCCUACUCCGAGGGUCUGCACGGCAAGUGGAUGUUCAGCGAGAUCCGAGCCGUCUUCUCCCGGCGCUACCUGCUGCACAACACCGGCCUGGAAGUCUUCAUGGCCAACAGAACUUCAGUGAUGUUCAACUUCCCUGACCAGGCGACCGUUAAAAGGGUGGUCUACAGUCUGCCACGGGUGGGAGUGGGCACCAGUUACGGACUCCCACAAGCCAGACGGAUUUCCUUGGCGACUCCUCGCCAGCUUUUCAAGUCCUCAAACAUGACGCAGCGAUGGCAGAGGAGAGAGAUCUCCAACUUCGAGUACCUCAUGUUCCUCAACACUAUUGCAGGGAGGACCUACAACGAUUUAAACCAGUAUCCCAUCUUCCCCUGGGUCUUGACCAACUUUGACUCAGAGGAGCUGGAUCUGACUCUGCCUGGCAACUUCAGAGACCUCUCUAAGCCGAUUGGUGCUCUGAACCCCAAGCGGGCAGCAUUUUACGCCGAGCGCUACGAGACAUGGGACGAUGACGGCACACCCCCAGACCACUAUACCACCCUCUACUCCACGGCGCAUUCCACGCUCAUGUGGAUGCUGAGAAUAGAGCCCUUCACCACUUUCUUCCUCAAUGCCAACGAUGGCAAGUUUGACCACCCAGACAGAUCGUUCUCUGGCAUCAGCCGCUCAUGGAGGAACUGCCAGCGGGACACAGCUGAUGUCAAGGAACUGAUCCCAGAGUUCUACUACUUGCCUGAGAUGUUUGUCAACAGUAAUGAGUAUGAGCUGGGAGUCCGUGACGAUGGUGUUCCAGUCUGUGACGUGGAGCUUCCAGCGUGGGCCAAGAAGCCGGAGGACUUUGUCCGCAUCAACAGAAUGGCUCUGGAGAGCGAGUUUGUGUCCUGCCAGCUGCACCAGUGGAUCGAUCUCAUAUUUGGCUACAAGCAGCGAGGACCAGAAGCUGUCCGGGCACUGAAUGUUUUCAACUUCUUGUGCUACGAGGGCGCGGUCAACUUCGACAAUCUUGAUGCAGCGCAGCGUGAGGUGAUCGAGGCCCAAAUCCAGGUCUGCGGUCAGGUUCCCUCCCAGCUUCUGAUCGAGCCACAUCCACCGCGCUCCUCUGCCAUGCACCUGUGUUUCCUUCCUCAGAGUCCUCUGAUGUUUAAGGAUCAGAUGCAGCAGGAUGUCAUCAUGGUGCUCAAGUUCCCCUCCAACUCACCAGUCACACACGUGGCCGCCAACACGCUCCCUCACCUCAGCAUCCCGGCUGCCGUCACUGUCACGUGCAGCCGACUGUUCGCUGUCAACCGCUGGCAUAACACAGUCGGUCUGCGAGGAGCUCCAGGAUACUCCCUGGAACAAGCUCAUCACCUGCCCAUUGAGAUGGACCCGCUCAUCGCAAACAACUCAGGCAUGAACAAGCGGCAGAUCACAGACUUGGUGGACCAGAGCAUCCAGAUCAACACGCACUGCUUCGUGGUGACGGCGGACAACAGAUAUAUCCUGGUGUGUGGCUUCUGGGACAAGAGCUUCCGUGUCUACUCCACAGAGACGGGGAAACUGACCCAGAUCGUCUUCGGUCACUGGGAUGUGGUGACGUGUCUGGCCAGGUCCGAGUCCUACAUCGGAGGUGACUGCUACAUCGUGUCCGGCUCAAGAGACGCCACCCUUCUUCUGUGGUACUGGAGCGGACGGCACCACAUCAUUGGGGACAACCCGAACAACAGUGAUUAUCCAGCUCCACGGGCCGUUCUGACUGGACACGACCACGAGGUGGUGUGUGUGUCUGUGUGUGCCGAGCUGGGGUUGGUCAUUAGUGGAGCUAAAGAGGGGCCAUGUCUGGUUCACACCAUCACCGGGGACCUUCUCAGGGCGCUGGAGGGGCCCGAGCUGUGCCAGAGACCCCGCCUCAUCUCCGUGUCCAGCGAAGGUCACUGUAUCAUCUACUACGAACGGGGCCGCUUCUGCAACUUCAGCAUCAACGGCAAACUUCUCGCCCAGAUGGAGGUCAACGACUCCUCAAGGGCCAUCCUGCUGAGCAGCGACGGCCAGAACCUGGUGACGGGAGGGGACAACGGCGUGGUGGAGGUGUGGCAGGCCUGCGACUUCAAACAGCUGUACAUCUAUCCCGGUUGUGACGCCGGAAUCCGUGCGAUGGACCUGUCACAUGACCAGAGGACCCUCAUCACUGGCAUGGCGUCCGGCAGCAUCGUGGCGUUCAACAUAGACUUUAACCGUUGGCACUACGAGCACCAGAACAGGUACUGAGGAGGAGGAUGUAAAGCUGUGAAUCUUCACUGUGGAGGACACUACAGGUACAGAGAAGGUGGAACCUUUUGCUCUUUUAGACACGUCUCUCCUUGCUCUGCUCAAACACACACACACUCACACACCUGCUGAUUCAACUGACUGCAGAGGGGAGACGAGCAACUCACCCGGUUCAGGACCGCUGCGGUCACUGGCUUCACGCUUCACACUUUCUUUUCCGUCCUGUUUCUUUGAGGGGAAUGAUUUUGUUCAAUGAAACCGACUCUUGUAUCCAAAAUCGGUGCUACAGGCUCCAUUUUAAUUGACCUUUAACUGCGAUAUAAGGGUUAUUAUUUAAUUUAAUUUAAUCUAUCUAUCACCCCGGAGGGUUUGAGUUCGUGUACAUAUUUAUUUUCUUUCGCCUCACAAACUCCGCUUUUCACCUUUAAUUUAUUAAUGACUUGCUGUAUGUAAUAUACUGUGUAAUAGUUAUUCUAAGGAAGUUGGAGCCGGCGGCGGUGUCAAGGAUGGUGAUCGUUUUUUGCCGGAGAUGGAGACGAGAUCUCGCCGAGGAUGAAAACUCCACUUGAUUUCUUUGUAUAUUCUGUGAUGGUUUUUGUCAAAUAUGUACAUAAAGUCGGUUGGAGACGUCAUCGGAGGAAACCUUCACUCACCCACAUUUGUCGAUUAUUUGGAGCAAAGAAAAUCAAUGUUUGUUUUUGUAUUCACACUUUGCACCAAUCACAUAUCAUUAUUUAUUAGCUUUCCGGUCGGCUGCCAUUUUGUUUCGGUCCAUUUUCCCCGCGGGGGGAGGGGUUACUUGUGCAUUGAUGUUUGUAUUUAAGACGUUGAGCUCAUGUGUGAUUAUUACUAUUCAGUUUUACAACGUCACGGUUGUAAGCAAUAUCAUGAUUCUGUAGCUGAUAGAGGCGUGUGUGUGACCACAGGAGGGGACAAAGCGUGAGGUGUUCCGCGUGUGAGGCGCCAUCUUGAUCAAACAUGCACAUACUCUAUCCACAGGUUCAACUUACGCAUCCAAAAAAAAAAAAAAAAAAAAAAAAGUUAAAUAUUUUUGGAUCUAUGAAAACCCUAAAAACUAUUGUAUUCAUGUUUUAUUGCAAAGAUGUAAAAUAUGACAUGUGUGAGUUGAAAAAAAAAUCAUGAUAAGAAAAAAUAAAAUAUGCAAAGAAUUUGAUGACUGGAAGUUUGAUUUUUCCACGCGUUUAUUUACCUUUAAUAAAAGUAUUUUCUUGCACAUACGAUGUAGUCGCUCUUUUAUAUGUAUCCUGCGACAAACUAUGGAAUGUCAGAGUGAGCAUAUGUUUUUUUACCUUGAGUCUCCAACCUUCAGCGCCAAGGCCUUCUGGGCAACCUCAACGCUUAAUAUCAUGAAUAUACAAACAGAACACCAUGUUGCACCGCUUUAAUUGACCUCAAGAGGGGGUCAGUGUGCAGGUCAUGCGCUUAAGUAAACUCCCCUCCAGAUCUGAGAACAUGAACAUGCAAUUUAGCAUGAGUAUAAUGCUUUUAUUACUGAAUUCUCUAGUAGAUCACAGGCGUAACUAAGGACCAUGAGGGAUUGUAGACGGCUGACAGACCUCGCAGUGUUAAAACAGGAAGGAAGAGUCCAUGUUUUCUGCAGAGGCUCCACUUCACACAGUGAUUCCCAGGAGACUCUGCAUGUGGUUUGACUCAUCAGCCAAGAUCAAGUGUGCUGGAUCCUGCUUCUCCUCGUGUGUACAGUAGACCUGAGCUUCAGGUGGACAGUGUGGAGAUGGUGGAUCUCUGAGAGGAGAUGCUGCAGAUCUCCAUGUUGGUGAAAGAGCUGUGUCCUUCGCUGCUGCAGUCUGGCAGCGAGGAGGACGAGAUGAUGUUCUUCAGUCUGUGGAGGGAGAUGACCAGCAGGGUCAGCAGGAACACCAGGAGGCCCAGGAAGAGCCAAAUGUAGACAUAGACGUUCCCCUGCGGCGCCAGAGACGAGGCGGCCGCCGAGGUGGAGCCGGCGGUCGGGGCGAAGCGGAGGACAGUUCUGUUGUCGACGGAGGAGAGUCCAGUUUCAUUGUGGUCCAUCAAGGUCAAGUCCAGUCCGGACAUGCUGGCUGUUGGGUUCAGAAGAGAGAGAGAGAGAGAGAUGACCGGUCUGUUCAAGAUGCUCCACACUUCAGACUGGACUCUGUCUCACAAUCCUAGGAGCUUCAGAGGGAAUAAAGCUACACAGCAUUUGAGAUGUGUUUCACUUUUGACUGGUCAAAACUUCAACAACAAGUUCAAACCUUCAGUCCUGACGUGAAGUCAGGUCAGUCAUUUAAGCAGCUGCUGUGCU